CAGAAAUGGCUGAAGAUGGCAGUGAUGAAACUAUGUUUAUUUGGUGUGAAGACUGUGGUCAGUACCAUGAUUCAGAAUGUCCAGAGUUGGGUCCAGUGGUAAUGGUCAAAGACUCUUUUGUAUUGAGCAGGGCAAGGUCAUCUCUUCCUUCUAACUUGGAGAUCAAACAAUUAGGAGAUGGAACUGAAGGAGUAUUUGCAAUAACUCAGCUAGUCAAGCGAACACAGUUUGGUCCAUUUGAAUCCAGGAGAGUUGCCAAAUGGGAGAAGGAAUCUGCUUUCCCACUGAAGGUCUUCCAGAAGGAUGGGCACUCGGUUUGUUUUGACACAUCCAACGAGGAUGACUGCAACUGGAUGAUGAUGGUGAGGCCAGCAGUAGAAUAUGAACAUCAGAACUUGACUGCCUUUCAACAUGACAAUGACAUUUACUUCACUACCUCCCGGGACAUUCCUCCAGGCACUGAAUUGCGAGUGUGGUAUGCAGCUUUUUAUGCCAAAAAAAUGGAGAAGCCAGUGUUGAAGCAGGCCUCUCAAGGUGUCAACUCUGCCAGCACUGCAGAAAGCAGUGUUCCUGUUGAUUCAGAGUCCAGUCAGUGGACAUGUAAAGUAUGUUCUACUACCUUCCAAGAACCACAGCUACUGACUGAACAUGUUUUGAGUCACCUGGAACAAGUCAAAGGCAUGCCUCCAAACAGCCAAAAUGAAAUAUCUCCAGAUAAAGAAAUAGAGGUACUUCCUAAGGACCCACCUGUUGUUUCUGAAAGUGGUAGUGCCAACAGAGAACCAAAGAAAAAGCCCCGAAGAGGUAAAAAAUCCAAAACUACAAAAGGUGAACAACCUCUUGUCAUCAUUGAAGAGAAGGAACCAGCAGAUCAAGUGGCUGAAAUUAUAACGGAAAUCCCACCUGAUGAAGACCUUAACGCAACUACAGAUGAGCGGAUUAUGGAACUUGUUUUAGGAAAGCUGCCGCCCAGCACCACAAAAGAUAACAGUGAAAGUAAAGUCCCAAAGUUUACUCAUCAUCAGAAUACUAUGUCCCUUAAGAGGAGUUUAAUUCUUUCAAGCAGGCAUGGUAUACGAAGGAAACUGAUCAAACAGCUUGGGGAACAUAAACGGGUGUAUCAGUGCAAUAUUUGUAGUAAAAUUUUUCAGAACAGCAGCAAUCUCAGUAGACAUAUCCGUUCUCAUGGUGAUAAGCUGUUUAAAUGUGAAGAAUGUGCAAAACUGUUUAGCCGAAAAGAAAGCCUAAAACAGCAUGUUUCAUAUAAACACAGCAGAAAUGAGAUUGAUAGUGAAUACAGAUAUAGGUGUGGAACAUGUGAGAAGUCCUUUCGGAUAGAGAGCGCACUGGAAUUUCACAACUGCAGAACAGAUGAGAAGACAUUCCAAUGUGAGAUGUGUUUCAGAUUCUUUUCUACCAAUAGUAACCUCUCCAAACAUAAAAAGAAACAUGGUGAUAAAAAAUUUGCUUGUGAGGUAUGCAAUAAAAUGUUCUAUCGAAAGGAUGUUAUGCUGGAUCACCAAAGGAGACACUUGGAAGGAGUCAGACGUGUAAAGAGAGAAGAGUUUGAAACCAGUGGAGAGAGUGUGGUGCGAUAUAAGAAGGAGCCCUCAGGAUGUCCUGUAUGUGGAAAGGUAUUUUCAUGUAGAAGUAAUAUGAAUAAACAUCUCUUGACCCAUGGAGAUAAAAAGUACACCUGUGAGAUCUGUGGACGCAAAUUCUUCCGGGUAGAUGUACUUAGAGAUCAUAUUCAUGUUCAUUUUAAGGACAUUGCAUUAAUGGAUGACCACCAGAGGGAAGAAUUCAUUGGUAAAAUUGGUAUUUCAUCAGAAGAAAAUGACAACUCUGAUGAAAGUGCAGACUCAGAACCUCACAAGUAUAGCUGCAAAAGGUGCCAGCUAACAUUUGGUAGAGGAAAAGAGUACCUCAAGCACAUCAUGGAGGUGCACAAGGAGAAAGGCUAUGGCUGUAGUAUCUGCAACAGACGGUUUGCCCUUAAAGCAACUUAUCAUGCCCACAUGGUUAUUCACCGGGAGAAUCUGCCUGACCCCAAUGUACAGAAGUACAUUCAUCCAUGUGAAAUUUGUGGAAGGAUCUUUAAUAGCAUAGGAAACUUGGAACGACAUAAGCUUAUACACACAGGUGUAAAAAGUCAUGCAUGUGAGCAGUGUGGUAAAUCCUUUGCCAGAAAAGAUAUGCUUAAAGAACAUAUGAGAGUGCACGAUAACAUCAGGGAAUACUUAUGUGCAGAGUGUGGAAAAGGCAUGAAAACAAAACAUGCUCUUCGUCAUCACAUGAAACUCCAUAAAGGUAUCAAGGAAUACGAAUGCAAGGAGUGCCAUAGGAAAUUUGCUCAAAAGGUCAACAUGUUGAAGCAUUACAAAAGACAUACAGGGAUUAAAGAUUUCAUGUGUGAAUUGUGUGGAAAGACUUUUAGUGAAAGAAAUACAAUGGAGACCCAUAAACUUAUUCACACAGUGGGAAAACAGUGGACCUGCUCUGUGUGUGACAAAAAGUAUGUCACAGAGUAUAUGCUUCAAAAACACAUUCAGCUAACUCAUGACAAAGUAGAAGCUCAGAGUUGUCAGCUAUGUGGAACAAAAGUUUCAACCAGGGCUUCAAUGAGUCGGCACAUGAGGCGCAAGCACCCAGAGGUCCUCUCAGUUAGGAUUGAUGAUUUGGAUCACCUCCCAGAAACAACCACCAUUGAUGCCUCUUCAAUUGGUAUAGUUCAGCCUGAACUAGCUUUGGAACAGGGAGAAUUACCAGAAGGGAAACAUAUAAAAGUUGCCAAACGAAGUCACAAACGAAAACAAAAACCAGAUGAAGAGGAAGAAGCACUGGUAUCUGAGGAUCCCACAUUCAGUGAAUACACAGAAAAAGAAACUGAAUUCACAGGAAAUGUGGGAGAUGAAACAAAUUCUGCUGUACAAAGCAUUCAGCAGGUGGUGGUGACCCUUGGUGAUCCAAAUGUCACAACGCCGUCUAGUUCAGUUGGUUUGACCAACAUUACAGUUACUCCCAUCACCACUGCAGCUGGGACCCAGUUUACAAAUCUUCAGCCCGUGGCUGUUGGUCAUCUUACAACCCCAGAACGCCAAUUACAGCUUGACAACUCUAUUCUGACAGUGACAUUUGACACUGUCAGUGGGUCAGCCAUGUUGCACAACCGCCAAAAUGACAUUCAGCUUCAUUCCCAACCAGAAGCCUCUAAUCCACAGUCUGUUGCCCAUUUUAUCAAUCUCACCACCCUUGUCAAUUCCAUUACUCCUCUGGGGAACCAGCUAAGUGAACAGCAUCCUCUAACCUGGAGGGCCGUGCCUCAGACUGAUGUCCUCCAGCCCCAGCAGCAACAAGGACAGCCACCAACAGGACAGUCACAAGUUCAGACGGAGCAACAACAGCAGAUGUACAGUUAUUAA